UAUGCGUUUAAUAGAACAAACUAAACAGAUUGCUGUGAAAAACAUUGAUAAUGUCUGUUCACAGAAAAAAAGGAUUGUACAUAGUACUUUAUUACCAAAUUCUAUACGUGCCCUUAUAGUAGGCCCAUCAAAUUGUGGUAAAACAAAUGUUAUGAUUAGUCUCAUAGAAAGCCCUAAUGGCCUCAAAUUCAGGAAUAUAUAUAUAUAUUCUAAAUCUUUAUAUCAACCAAAAUAUCAAUAUUUAAAAAAAUUGAUUACUCCAAUCAAAGGAAUAAACCUAUUCACAUUCUCUGAAAAUGAAAAAGUUAUAAGUCCAGCCAAAGCAAAUAUGCAUUCUAUAAUGGUAUUUGAUGAUGUAAUUUGCGAUAAACAAAAUACUAUAAGGGAUUAUUUUUGUAUGGGAAGACAUAAACACAUUGAUUGUUUUUAUUUAUGUCAAACAUAUACAAGGAUUCCUAAACACUUAAUACGUGAUAAUGCAAACAUGAUUAUCAUAUUUAAGCAAGAUGAAAUGAAUAUUAAACAUAUAUAUAAUGAUCAUGUCUUGGGUGACAUGACAUUUAAAGAUUUUUUAAAGCUUUGUAGUGAAUGUUGGAAAGAUAAAUAUGGAUUUCUUAUUGUGAGCAAGGAUGAUCCCAUUGAUAAAGAUAUAAUGUAGAUUAUAAACAGAAUAGAGAGCAGAUUGGUGACAGAAAGAAAGCAGAUCGGUAGCAGAUAUAAAGCAGAUCGGUAGCUGAUAUAAAGCAGAUCGGUAGCAGAUGUAAAGCAGAUCGGAAGCAGAUGGAUACGUUACACAUGAGUAUACAGUAGUUCUCACCGGAAUAAGAAAAAAAGCAAUAUGAUUAAAGAAAUAUAUAAUUUUUUAAAAACAUUUACCAAUAUCGUUUCCGAAGAAGAUAAAAAUAAAUUAAUUAAUAUAAAAUCUCAUCUGGAAUUUGUGGAUAGUUUAAAAUGUAAAGAAAGUAAAUUUGGUAACCACUAUGACUGCUGUGUUUGGUCAAAUGAUAACGCACAAUGUGGUCCAGAUACAUGUAAUUGUAUAUUCUAUGAUAUGGAUAAAAGAAAGGGAGAGGCAGCUGCUGCGAAAAUAAUUAAAAAUUAUAAAAAUAUUUACAAUACAGUUAAAAACAAUCAUUGUAAUUUUAACAACCGAUGAGUAAAAAUGUCUAAAAACAAUUUCAUAAUUAUAGAUGUUCAAGGUUUUUUCUUAAAUAAUAAAUUUAUUGCGAAGGAAAUUUGUAUUUUUGAACAUAAUCAGACAAUUAAAAAGUUUAUUAUAUACCCCCCUUGCAAAUUUUCUUCCUUAUCAUUAAAGGAAAAGAUUACAAAUAACUGGCUUACGAAACAUUUUCAUGGGUUGAGAUGGAAUGAUGGUAACAUAAUUUUUAAAGAAUUUAACGAUUAUUUAAAUAAAUUUAUAAAAAAACAAGAAAAUCUAACAAUAUUUGUGAAAGGAUGUGAAAAACAAAAAUGGAUAAAGCAAUUAAUAGAAGAAGAUAUAAAUAUAAUAAAUUUAGAUGAUGCUAACUGUUCAAACAUAUGUAAUCUUUAUAAAAAUAAUUUGCAUAUGAAAAUUUGUAGUUAUCAUAAACAACACCCUAAUUAUAGAUGUGCUGAAAAAAAUGUUAUUUUAUUAAGUCAAUUUAUUAAUGUUUUUUUAAAAUAAAGCAAAUAAAAUAAAAACAUAUCGUUUUUUCUUUAUUUAGGAUAUAUAAGGCUAUGUAAUGUAAGUAUACAUUAGUUCCUUUUUUCAUUUUGUUGGGGUAACUUCUCAAAGAAAAUGAUAUUAUCAACGAAUAUAAAAUAUCUAUUAAAAGAAUACAACUCCUACAUUGAUAAGGAACAUAAACAAUUUUUUGAAGAGAUGAUUGAAGAAUUAAGGAUAUAUAAAAAUGUAUAUACUUCAUUUAUACAAACAACACAUGGAAUUCAUACAUGGGACUGCAAGCUGAACUCGAUAGAAAAUAUAAAUAUUUGUAGUUGUAUAAUUAAAUAUAAUCGUUACAUCCUAUUACAAAAACUCUACAAUUUAUACUAUCGCAUUCUUUGCAAUAAAAGUGUAAUCAAUUCUUAACUUCAA